AUGGCUAGUCAGAGUAUCUAUGAGAUACACGAAGCCAAGCUGGCCCCAUCAGAGGAUGGGCAACCACCAAUAAUGGCCCAAUAUGAUACAUCCACAGAGCCACAUGUGGGUCCAAGGGAGGCUUUGGAGAGGCAUGGGGACCAGGAAGAGAGCCAAGAUCCAAGCCCCCAAGACAACCCACAACCACAGGACCCAAACCAAGGCGCCACCAAUGUGGAAGGAAACAACAUUCUUCUUGGGUUGUCCUUCCCAAGAAAGCUUUGGAAGAUAGUGGAGGAUGACGCCUUCACGUCUGUGCGCUGGAAUGAUGAUGGAGACACCCUGAUCAUCGAGGAAAAUCUUUUCCAGAGGGAGAUUCUUUGCCGAAGGGGUGAGGAGCAAAUAUUUGAAUCCAAAAGCCUGAAGAGUUUCAUCCGCUUGCUGAAUCUCCAUGGAUUCAGCAAAAUACGCCCAGGCAACUCUUCAGUUUGCUCUCCAGGCAACAAGAUGAUGAUCUACCAAAACUGCAAUUUUCAGAGAGACAAGCCUUGGCUUCUUGAGAACAUCAUGAGAAAAGGCAACCGGAUGACUCGCGCUUUGCCAAGGACCAGCUCAACCCCUCCCAAGAGAAAGAAGAAGAUGGCUCCCACAAGACACUCCCCAAGAAUUCGCUACAAUGACGGCAACAACGAUGCCGAAGAAAAGGCCCAGAGGAAAGCCAAGAAUGAUUGGGAACCCAGUGCAGCAGAGUUUUUCAAGUACUUGGGUCUGCGGCCCAUAAGCAGUGCCAUGGAGGUCCAGUGCCCAAGUAAGGCAGGUGGUCCAAGUGGGGAGGGCAUGUCUGGGAAUGUCAUGUUUGUACCCCUGGCUACUGCCAGAACUGACGGCACAGGGGAUCUGCCUACAAGCCCCACAAAUAACCCACUCCAUGGUUCAGUGAUGUCUUCAUGCAAUGUCUGUUAUUCCACCCUGAUGGCUGGCCUUUCAGUCAUGGCCCCACUUGAGGACCCUGACAAGGAGGAGGAAGAAGGUUCCUCAAAUAACAAGUGUUAA